AUGUUGGGAGUUUCGGUCAGCACAGUUGGCUAUAUCUUGCUCUUGAACCAGAAGAGCGCAGCCAUCUCAGCCGGAGUCCAAUAUUUUGCCCUUUUCCUCACCAUCAGCGGCGGAUUUGUCACGCAGCCGAUUACACUCGCGUGGUUGGCCAACAACGUCAGUGGGCAUUACAAGAGGAGCGUGUCAUCCGCGAUCCAGAUUGGUUUCGGAAACUUGGGAGGGAUUGUGGCCAGUUUUAUCUACUCCGAGCCCCCGUAUUACAAGGUAGGGUAUUCCACUAGCCUGGGAAUGCUCUGGCUUUGUGGUGUUUGUUGCACCGCCAUGUUUCUUGGUGCGACUCUGGAGAAUAAGAAAAGAGACAAGGGCGGAAGGGACUACAGGUUUAAUGAGGUGGAUCUUGACAACAUGGGAGACGCUCAUCCGACAUUCCGAUUCACCACUUAG